AUGCCCAGGGACAGCGAGGACACACCCAGGGACAGCGAGGACAUGCAGGGACAGCGAGGACAUGCCCAGGGACAGCGAGGACCGCAGGGAGAGCGAGGACACGCCCAGGGACAGCGAGGACACGCAGGGAGAGCAAGGACCGCAGGGACAGCGAGGACACGCAGGGACAGCGAGGACACGCCCAGGGACAGCGAGGACACGCAGGGAGAGCGAGGACCGCAGGGACAGCGAGGACACGCAGGGACAGCGAGGACACGCCCAGGGACAGCGAGGACACGCAGGGAGAGCGAGGACCGCAGGGACAGCGAGGACACGCAGGGACAGCGGGACAGCGAGGACACGCCCAGGGACAGCGAGGACACGCAGGGAGGAGGACCGCAGGGACAGCGAGGACCGCAGGGACAGCGAGGACACGCAGGGACACGCCCAGGGACAGCGAGGACACGCAGGGAGAGCGAGGACCGCAGGGACAGCGAGGACACGCAGGGACAGCGAGGACACGCCCAGGGACAGCGAGGACACGCAGGGAGAGCGAGGACCGCAGGGACAGCGAGGACACGGACACGCAGGGACAGCGAGGACACGCCCAGGGACAGCAAGGACACACAGGGAGAGCGAGGACACUCCCAGGGACAGCGAGGACACGCAGGGACAGCGAGGACAUGCAGGGACAGCGAGGACACGCCCAGGGACAGUGAGGACACGCAGGGACAGCAAGGACACGCAGGGACAGCGAGGACACGCCCAGAGACAGUGAGGACACGCAGGGACAGCGAGGACACGCAGGGACAGCGAGGACACGCCCAGGGACAGCGAGGACACGCAGGGAGAGCGAGGACCGCAGGGACAGCGAGGACACGCAGGGACAGCGAGGACACGCCCAGGGACAGCGAGGACACGCAGGGAGAGCGAGGACCGCAGGGACAGCGAGGACACGCAGGGACAGCGAGGACACGCCCAGGGACAGCGAGGACACGCAGGGACAGCGAGGACACGCCCAGGGACAGCGAGGACACGCCCAGGGACAGCGAGGACACGCAGGGACAGCGAGGACACGCAGGGACAGCGAGGACACGCAGGGACAGCGAGGACACGCCCAGGGACAGCGAGGACACGCCCAGGGACAGCGAGGACACGCCCAGGGACUGCGAGGACACGCCCAGGGACAGUGAGGACACGCAGGGACAGCGAGGACCGCAGGGAGGGCUUCCUCUGUGCACAGCGAGAAGAGGCAGAGGGAGGCAGCAGGGGCCUCGUCAAGAAAUAUGGAAGUGUCCAGGAGCAUCUCACCCAAAGAUGCGCGCAACAAACGGCAGGAUUGGAAGAGCCCUAGCAGAAGCAAAAGAGAUUAAGAAGACUUGCAAAGAAUGCACAGAGUAA